AUGGCGCCACCAACCAGCUCGGAGGAGGGCGAAAUCAUCGAAAGUGUGGUGGAGGACCUCAAGGCAACUUCGUUGCCAAGCAAUGAAAGAAACGGUGUUGACCGUCAAGACAGACCCCGACGUAGAUACUCGCCGUCCAAGUCGCCCGACCGCGACCGCAGCUCAGGCGAUCGACGCAGCAACUCGCCACGCGGAUACAAACGCUCGAGAGACGAUCGUGAUUACCGCGAGCACAAUGGAGGCCGCUUCGGCAACGACUCCUCCCGACGUUUUCGGUCACAGUAUGAUGACAAUCGGGGCGGCGACUACCGACGUCCGCGCAGGACUUACCAUGACCUAGACCGGCCUUCGUCCCGAUCAUCCAACAGUACGCCGUACUCAGGUCGCGACCGCGAUCGUGACCGUGAUAGAAGCCGAGAACGAUAUGCGGAUAGGGAUCGCGAUGGCUAUCCCGAUAAGCGUGCGCGCAAGCGCAGUCGAUCUCCUCAUCGUCGCGAGCGCGCCGAAAGGUUCCGCGACGAUCGCCCUAGAAGGGAGGAGCGGCGUUUCGAGCGCUCAGGUGACUAUCUUAGAACUGUCAAGUAUGAUGAUAACAUCGACCGCAAGUCCCGGGCCGGUUCUACCGUGUCUAGGCGGUCUGAUGAAUCUGAGAUUCCACCCACAUCCAAAAAUGAUGCUAAACCAGGUCAAGGGCAUGCGGAUGAGCGGAAGUCGCCUCGCGACCACGAGGUUCCUUCUUAUACCACCCAAACAAUCCGAGAACAAGACUCUGUUGAGGAACCCGAGCCCGAGCCAGAGCCAGAGCCAUUCGAUGAGGAUGCCGAGAUUGAGCGACGUCGCAAGCGUCGUGAGGCUCUCCUCGCAAAGUCCACUCCCGCCACUCCGCUUCUUGUCCACGCUCUCCACGGUGCCGACAAGUCUUCAGUGACUUCGCCUAGCCGAUCGCCUCAAAGUACCGCUGGCCUUCAUGAAAGGGCAGCCUCUCCGCAAUCGGGUAAAGGAAUUUUCAUUAACAAGGCGAUCUCGGCUAACUCUCCAGACGUCGGCUCGCCUGCCUCGCAUGAAUAUGCAGACGAUGCGGAGCUCGACGCCAUGGGUAUCACCAACGACCAAGACCUCAUGAACGUCCACGCCAAGGGCGAAGCGAACGAUGAAGACGGCCCCUCUGCGGCUGAUUAUGACCCAACCGCUGACAUGAAGGAAGAUGGUCUCAAGGACGAGAAGCGCCAUGGUAACGUCGGCCUCCACGGAGAACGUGGCGGUCCUCUCCCGUCCCUCGUAGCAUCCACUACCGUUCCCCCGGAGGCUAGCAAGGCAAAAGAUGAGAGCGAUGAGGACGACGACUUCAACAUGUUUGCAGAAGACUUUGACGUUGACAAGUACGCUGCUACCAAGUCGAGCAAGGCAGCCGCAGAACAGGGCGCCGACGCGGACGGUGCCGGCGGACUUCUUGAGGAUGUGGACAAGGACGGCUAUUACAAGAUGCGUAUUGGUGAGGUAUUGAAUGGGCGGUAUCAAAUCCAGACGACUCUAGGCAAAGGCAUGUUCUCGGGUGUUGUGCGUGCAGUCGACAUUACGAACAAGAAGCUAGCUGCGAUCAAGAUCAUGAGGAACAACGACGCGCUGAGGAAGGGCGGAUUCACGGAGAUUGCCAUUCUUCAGAAGCUCAACGAGGCGGAUCCGGAUAAUCGUAAGCACAUUGUCAGAUUUUGGCGGCACUUCGAUCACAAAGGUCACCUCUGCAUGGUGUUUGAGAACCUCAGCCUGAAUCUGAGAGAGGUGCUGAAAAAGUUUGGAAAUAACGUCGGCAUCAACCUCAACGCCACUCGGGCCUACGCCCAUCAGAUCUUUGUCGGCCUGGCUCACCUGCGAAAAUGCGGUAUCAUCCACGCCGAUUUGAAGCCCGACAACAUUUUGGUCAACGAAAGUCGCAACAUGCUCAAGAUCUGCGACUUGGGAACGGCCAUCGACAGACUAGAUGCAGCAACAGCGCAUAACGAAAUCACGCCGUACCUCGUCAGUAGGUUUUACCGAGCUCCAGAGAUUAUGCUCGGGAUGCCGUACGACUAUGCCAUCGACAUGUGGUCCAUCGGAUGCACGCUCUACGAACUCUACACGGGCAAGAUCCUAUUUACGGGCGACAGCAACAACCAGAUGCUCAAGUCGAUAAUGGAGAUUAGGGGUAGGAUCGCGCCCAAGUCGUACCGUCGCGGCGAGCUUGCGGCUAUGCACUUUGAUGAGAAGGGGAACUUCAUCUCCGUCGAGCGGGACAAGGUGCUUGGCAAAACCACGGUCAAGACUCUCGCCUUGAUCAAACCAACGCGCGACCUCCGCACACGCCUCAUGGCCGCGUCAUCCGGCAUGGAUGAUGCAGAAACCGGCGAUCUUAGCCACUUUAUCGACCUGCUCGAACAUUGCUUGGCCCUUAACCCAGACAAGCGGAUCAAGCCCUCAGAGGCCUUGCGGCAUCCGUUCUUCACGUCGAGGACGGGUGUUGUUAGGCGCUGA